UUCCAGUGAGGAGUGCAAUGGGAUCAGUGGUACUCUGUCAGUGGAGUCUGUGCCGGGGCCAAGACUGAACUGGUGUUCUGCCAACACCACUACCCCUGCCCCUACUUUUGCUCCAGCUCCCGUUCCGGGACCUGGGCCCAUGCCUAACCCUGUCAGAAUGGGAGACGGCCUGGAUACUGCGCAGAUGUCGGGUAGCAGCCAGGGGCAGGCUCAGCAAAUGGGCAAUCCCCCACCCCCAGAGUAUUUCAAUCCCAACAGGCCAAAGCGCCAGACCAACCAGCUGCAGUACCUACUCAAAGUGGUGGUAAAAUCCCUAUGGAAGCACCAGUAUGCCUGGCCUUUUCAUACACCAGUGGACGCCAUUAAACUUAACCUGCCUGAUUACUACAAUAUAAUCAAAAUACCGAUGGACAUGGGAACAAUCAAAAAAAGACUUGAAAACAGCUACUACAGGAAUGCCCAAGAAUGUAUUCAGGACUUCAACACGAUGUUUACCAACUGCUAUAUAUACAACAAGCCUGGAGAUGAUAUAUGUUUAAUGGCUGAGGCUCUAGAGAAGGCUUUCCUUCAAAAGGUUGCAGAAAUGCCUCAGGAGGAAAUAGAGAUUCCAGUAAUGACAGGAAAGGGACGUGGCCGAGGCCGGAGAGAGGGUGGUAUAAACCUGAAACCAGGCGCCAUCAUUGAUUCUUCACCCGCGACUCCACAAACACGUGGCCUGUCAAACCUCCCAGCAGCUCCGCAGGCUCGAGGACCAGUGCAGGCCCCACCUUUGCUACCUCCCCAUCCUUCAAUGCAGGCCCUGCCCUCCCAUGUACCCCAAACAUUACCCAGCCUUGCACCACAGCUUGGACCUCCGUACACGAUGGUCCAGUCAGACUGUGUUCCGCAAGUUCCUAUCCUGACUUCUGUGCCUCUCCCCACUCAGACCUCUCUUCCUCCGGUAUCGAUUCAGAACACUGCCCCUAUGCUGCAGAGCCCUAUGACUAUGACCAAACAAAAAAAGAGCCAAAAAAGGAAAGCAGACACAACGACACCUACAGCAAAUGACCAGCUAAGUGAGUCAUCGCCUGCAGAAUCUAAGUCUGGGAAGACAUUACCCAGGCGAGAGAGUAGCCGGCCACCAAAACUGUUAAAGAAGGAGGCUCCAGACUCUCAGCAUCACAUAGGCACGGUAACAGGUCUGAGUGGACCGAGUGGAGGUCGUAGUCCCAAACCACAGGAUCAACUAGGUUAUUGCGCUGGUUUAGUAAGUGAGAUGCUAUCCAAGAAACAUGCUGCUUAUGCUUGGCCAUUUUAUAAACCUGUUGACGUGGAUGCACUGGGACUACACGAUUAUCAUGAUAUCAUCAAACAUCCAAUGGACCUCAGUACCAUCAAGACAAAAUUGGAGACAAAGCAAUACCGAGAUCCCCAGGAGUUCGCUGCUGAUGUAAGGUUAAUGUUUUCCAACUGCUACAAAUAUAACCCACCGGACCAUGAAGUAGUGUCCAUGGCACGAAAGCUACAGGAUGUGUUUGAGAUGCGCUUUGCCAAGAUGCCAGAUGAACCUGACCUCAAGCCAUUGGUUUCUGCCCCAACUCCUACGCUUCACCAUCCAGCUCCUGUUAAGCCCCAGCCCCCUUUGGCACUCGUCGCCUCGUCUUCAGACAGCUCCAGUGACUCAUCCUCUGAGUCGGAGUCUUCCACAGAUGACUCUGAAGAGGAAAGAGCCCAGCGGUUAGCAGAACUCCAGGAGCAGCUCAAGGCUGUCCACGAGCAGCUGGCUGCCCUGUCACAACCACAAACCAGCAAACCAAAGAGAAAAGAAAAGGAAAAGAAAGAGAAGAAAAAAGAUAAGCAUAGGAAGAAAGGCAGCAUUCCAAGCCUUGUAGAUGAGAUCCAGGAUGCCACAACGGUUUCGCAGCUGUCCAAGAAAACUAAGACCACAAACAGUAACAAAGAGAUUGUUACUAAGAAGAAACUCAGUAAAAAGGAUGCAUUGAAAAGUAAUCAUCCUCCCAGUCUGCAGCUUGUUCCCAGCCUGGAGGACGAUCUUGGAACAACUGGGCCGUCAGUUCCCGGGGAGAAAUGCAAGCCUAUGACUUACGAAGAGAAGAGGCAGCUAAGCCUGGACAUUAACAAGCUUCCUGGUGACAAACUUGGCCGUGUAGUACAUAUUAUUCAGUCAAGGGAGCCGUCACUCAAAAACUCAAAUCCUGAUGAGAUUGAGAUUGACUUUGAGACCCUGAAGCCUUCAACUCUGCGUGAACUGGAGAGAUAUGUGUCAUCCUGCCUCAAGAAAAAGAAGAAGGUUCCAGCUGAGAAAGCCAUUGAGUCAGUGGUUUCCUCCAAAAAGAUGGUAUCUUCUUCUGGAAGCAGUGGCUCAAGCUCAGACAGUGAAGCUGAUGGAGCAGGAAUGAUAAAACAGCCGAAAAAGAAGAGCCAAUCUAUGAAAGAGGUGAAGAAGACGCAUCCCCAUGUUCAGACGGGCUCUGCUCAGACUGUGUUUCAGUCCCAAACUGUUGUCCUUCAGGCCAGCAGUCAGAUGAAGCAACAGCAGCAUCAACCAUCGCCUGCCAGCUUUAUGGCUCCUCCACCUGUCGCUGCUCUGGAGUCAUCCCACUUACUGGAAAGCUACGAGUCUUUGCCUCCUUUCAGCCAGCCGAUCAUGCAUAUGCCCCACCACACAGGCAACUCUUCCCCUGUACCUCCACAUAUAAAUGCUCAUUCUGCUGAAUCAGUGUCCCCUGAAACACACCCCUUCCUCAACCAGCAUCCAGUCCUCCCUUCUCCAGCUCUACACAGUUCUAUGCCUCAGCAGCCAUCCCGGCCCAGUCACAAAGCAGCGCCUCUUCAUCCAAAACCCCCUCAGCAGCAACCAGCCCCUCCUCAGCAGCAGCAACAACAGCAGCAGCAGCUCCAGCCUCAGUCAGCUCCCCCACCACAGCAUCAACUUCCCUCACAGAUUCUCCACACUCAUCAACCGCUGCACCAAAGGCCCAUGUCACCACCCACACUCACCCCUCAAGGGUUUGUAUCUUCUCAGCCUCCCCAGAUGCUGUUGGAAGAUGAUGAAGAGCCUGGGUCAACAACACCUAUGAACCAAGUGCAGUUAUUUCUACAGCAAUUCCAGCCAGCUCGUCAGGCCCAGCAGUCCAUGCAGUCACACCAGGCCCCAGUUCGGCAGCAGCAACCACAGCAGCUGGGACAGACUUCUCUCCUGCAGUCUGGGACAAUCCAGGGACAAUCCCAGCUCUCUAUACAGACUUCGCUGCCUCCUCCACAGCUUUCUGUUCCAUCUCAAGCCCAGCCCACUCCGUCACAUCAGGCCCAACCCCAACAGAUGCCCUUACAUCAGGCCCGCCACUUGCAAAAUACUCAACAGCAGCAAACACAGCACCAUCAGCUGAACUACCAGCAGGGUCCUGGACUCGCUGGUCAGCCCCAAGCAUCACAACACAGUAUUUCACUGCCCACAAACAAAGCACAGCAGAUCAUCCAGCAGCAACAAGAGCAUCCCUCCCCUCGUCCAUCCAAACCUGAUCCAUACAAUACUGGGCACAUAAGAGAUAACCCAUCUCCUCUCAUGAUGCAUUCCCCACCAAUUCCCCAGUUUCCACCUGUUUCUCACCCAUCCCCACCUCCCAGCAUGCAACCCAAAAAGCAGAGGGCCUCUGGAAACCAAGGUCCAAUUAAAGAGGAAAAACGUCCUCAAUCGCCAGUGAUGAGAGGAGAGCAGUUCAAUUCUGCAAUGAGAACAGACCAUCACAAACAUCCUGAAAUCAAACCCAGUCAGACCGGCCAAAGUCAGCAGAUUUUAAAGUCUGUGGAUAGUUCACGGCCCGUCAUCCGCUCUUCUGAGCCCAGUGGGCCACCCUCCAUCCUGCAGGAAAAGGAGAAAUUCAAGCAGGAGCACAAGACCACUGUUGCUCCCAAAAAGGAUGUGAAGCUCAAAAAUAUGGGCUCAUGGGCAAGCCUGGCGCAAAAGUCAACAUCUACAACACAGUCUACUGUGAAGUCAUCGAGUGACAGUUUUGAGCAGUUUCGACGUGCAGCCCGGGAGAAAGAGGAGAGGGAGAAGGCCCUGAAGGCCCAGGCUGAGGCGGAAAAAGGCAGGCUACGUAGAGAGCAGGACAAGCAACGAGGGCGGGAUGAAGAGGACGUCAUCGAGCCUCCUACCAGAAGAGUGCAUGAGGAGCCUCGUGGCCGCCUUGAGCAACAACACAUCCAAGCGCCUCCUCAGCAGCAGCAGCAGCAACAACAGCAGCAGGUGCAAAAUGAAUCCCAGCCAGCUGCCAUCCAGCAGUCUCCUCCAGCCGCUACGCCACCUCAGCCCACCACACAAAACUCACUAGAUCAACAGAGGGAACUGGCACGCCGACGGGAACAGGAGAGGAGGAGGAGAGAGGCGAUGGCAGCAACUAUUGACAUGAAUUUUCAAAGUGACUUAAUGGCCAUCUUUGAGGAGAACCUGUUUUGAAAAAAGGAGGGCAUGAAAUGAACAGCAAAGCAAGAAGAUUAAAGUUAAUGAAUGAUGUAAGCAUCCUCGUGAAUAAAAUCCUGGCAACAAUGCAGCGCAGACCGCACCAGAGACUUUAUGCAUACAUAAACCAGUCCGGUUGAGACUGGAGACAAACGCUGGCUGGACAAGUGGUGACGGCUCACUGUGUCCUCAUUGGCUGAACACACGGAGGGGACUCUCAUUGUUUUGGAUGUCAUUUUCUGGAAAUCCAGAAUUGCUUGCCUGAUCUCUAGUUGAGAGAGAAAAGGGCCCUUUUUUGGCACAGUUGCCUUUGUUAGACUUGAUUUUUUUUUUCACUGUGUGUUGGCACAACAAUACUGCAGGAGUAAAGACAACCACAUUCUGGAGAUGGUAAAAAAUGCUCUGAAAUACUGACAGACUGCGCAGAAGUAUUUUGAAACUGCCAGAUGUCUAAAGUAGUGAAGAAAAAUUUGUCUUUCAUGUUGUUUAUUUUGUCGUUAGUGAACAGUUUUUUUUUUUUUUUUUUUUUUUUAUAUAUAUAUAUAUUUGGUGGGGAGGGGCAGGAGCAACUUCCAUACUGUAAAUCAUGUAUAUUUCUCAGCAGAGAUGGUACAGUUUGCCUUACAUCUCUUUCCUAAAUAGACGAGUAAGUUGUAUGGCCUGCACACAUGGACAAACCAAUAACAUUUACAGACAGACACAGAAGCCGUGCAGACUUUUUUUCAUCAUCUAGGAUCUACUGUAAAAAAAUAUUUUCUUAUGCUUCAAUAACUGUUUAUUUUGGAUCCAUCUGCUUUUCCACCUCGGUUCUUUUAAUCUUUGCACCAACACACUCCACCACCUAUGCCAAACAGCUCAAUAUCUUUUAUGCUAAAUAACGUCUUCUAAAGCAUUGUAGGUAGAUAGUGUGCAAAAAACUGAAUAUAUGCAUUCUCGUAGCUCCAGUGAGUAUUUAUCAAAGUAAAGAUCAGUUUUCAUCUUGUAUUUGUCAUUUAGAAACUACAGAAGCUAGCUACCAGAAGAGCUAAAGAGCCAGUUGUUUCUGAGCUUUAGUUGGAUUUCACUACAGGUGUCUUUUAUAUUUGUUUUACUAUCAGAUUUAAUGUUCGGCUGUUCACAGCUGUCACUACUGGAUUGGAUAAGCCUCUGGUGUUGCCUUUGAGGAUCCUGCUGUGACAAAAAUCACUGCUUAAAGUCAGAAAGAUACAAUUAAAGAAAAAGACACAUUUACAUCUUUUGUAGCCGAUACUGGAAACAGGUUAGUAAAAAAAGAAAAUAGUUGUUGGGACCACCCGAAGUUUUCACUUUGAUUCAUCUUCCAAUUCACAACAGGCACCGUUGACAGCGUUAAAAACAAGACGACCACAAAAAUCAAAACUAAAAAGGUUUGGACUUCUAUCUUUGUUCUUGUUUGAUCAUAGUGGAUGUAAGUUCCUGGAGACAUUGUUGGAGCUGGGCUAAAAUCUGAACAAAUGUUGUCCUCUCUAUUUGUCUCCUAAAGUGUUUUUUUGUUUUUUUUUUUCUCCAGUGCCUGUAUUGUAUUGCAAUUCUUGUUGGAUUAUAUUACACUUUGAGGGGACUUAGAAAGUGGCACAUCAGGAGUGGGAGGUGUAAUAUUUAAAAGGGGAGGGACAUUUUUGACAGAGUUUGUGUUUUAAAAAAAAAAAAAAAAAAAGGUAAAGACAGCAUUUUAUAUUUUACCCAUUGUCAAUAUUCUGGUUUUAAAUUUAGUUUUAGCUGGGCAUCUUUAAGUGUAAACAUCUGACAACUACUUUCUCAUUUCGUUCUCAUCAGAUUUUAGCUAGAUGUGUUUUCAGCGUUUCAACAUUAGCGUUAUCAGUCUGGUCUGUACGUUUGGUUGUGUAAAUUUGGGCGGCUGUGUGAAUGUGAGAGUUUGACUGUUUUUUUGUUGUUGUUUUUUUCCACUGUGUGGUGAAGAGAGGCAUGUUCCCAGAUGUAGAUAAACAUUCUGUUGAUGAAGACUAAAAAGAUGAGCAGGAGAUAAGUAGUGCUUAAUUCACUGUUUUUAAAUUUCUUUAAAGUCCACCAUGUAUGAAUAUAUAAUGUUAUUAUUAGACCUGUUUUAAAUGUGUUCAGAAAAAUACUUUCAUUCCUUAUUAUCCUUUUCUUUUCACAAUAACUGUUGGACAUAAUGUGCCAUGAGUUCUUCACACAAUGUGCUGACAUGCAGCCCAGCACAGAAUUUGCUUUAUUCAGGUAUUUUAUUUUUGUGUUGCAUUUGUUCUGUUUUGGGAGGUUAUAACAUUUUCCUCAGUUUUGUUUGGUAUGCGAGUGGUCUCUUGAGGUCUCUGAAUACGUAUGUUAUGAUCAUUGAAUAAACUCAUCUGUUUUAUAGAAAAUAAAACAAAAUAAAUUGUC